AUGAAAGUCCUGCGAGUUAUAAGUUUCGUCGCACAAUUUGCGAUGGUGGUGAGAGGAGUAUCUCCAAUUUGUCAAACGCAGAUUGAUCCGAGGAGUGUUAACGAUGCUACACGUUAUCAAUGGUGCAAAGUUCAAAUCAACACCUGCGAAACCCUAUGCGGUGGAUUUACAGAUGAAAAUACAUGUGAUAUAAACUCCCUCUGCUAUUCCUGCACCUGUACUUCCAACUCCUCUCCCGCUCUCCAACUCUACACCUCCACAAUCCCAUUUUUCGUUUGCGAAUAUAUCUAUUCAGAAUGUAUUGCAGCCGGAGUAGAUGAUCCCGCUGCUCAGAAAGUAUGUCAAGAAACCGAAGAACAGAAUUGUGGAACGAUAAAUCCAGAGAUGGUUUCUUUUCCCGCUUCGGCUUCGGUUUCGGCUUCUACUUUGCCGUCGAUAUUGUCGGGGAUACCUACUCCGGUACCGCAGAUGACAUCGCAAACGGGGAUAGAUACGGGGGAAUGGGUAACUAGCACGACGGAAACGGUGACGCCGAUUCCGACCCCGACGGGAACAACGACUGUGUGGAGUACUUCUACGGCUUCUUCUGGGAGUGAAAGUGGGGGAAAUGGGACGGUAAGGAGUGGAAGUGGAAGUGUUACGGGGAGUUUGUCGUCGUUGUUGGGGGUGACGGGGGUUAGUAGUAGUACUGCAACAUCGACGGUGUCGAGGACGAGUAGUUCAAAGACGGCGACGGGAACAGCGACGGGAACGAGUACACCGAGUACGAUUAGUGAGGGUGGCGCGGAGAGAAUGAGAAGUGGGGGAGCGUGGGUAAUUUGGGGUGUGUUGAUGGUUGGAGGUGGAUUUGGGGUUAUGGGAUUGUAG